AUGUUUGCUGUCUUUCUUGUCUCUCUUUUCGCAUCAUGCUUUCCUGUUCUCUCACGCCGCAUCCCCGGCAUCUGCAUCCCGGGCGUCGUCUUCUUCGUUGGAAAGCACUUUGGCACAGGCAUCAUUCUGGUGACUGCCUUUGUGCACCUCCUUCAGGACGUGUUCGAGGCCUUGAUGAACCCCGAAGUGCAGGAGAGGUAUGGCAUGUCAAAGUGGGUGGGGAUGAUCGUGCUGAGCUCCCUACUCCUUAUCUUUCUCGUCGAAUAUAUCACUACCUCGUACGUUGACCGCCUCCAGUCGUAUGCCUCCGCGCCUCCUUCGCCGUGCUCUAUGCCCUCACUCUCUCCCGCAUCCUCACCUACCAUCUCUCCAACCCAGCUCCCUGAGUGUUUGAAUGGGACGCCGAACGAUCGGCAGGGACAAAAAGAAGACGAAGAGGACGAGGAAGGCGGAGCGAGCCACCUUUUCGGUGUACCUCUCGCGCUCGCGUCACCCGAGUCUGAGCAAGAGGUGGAUGAGGAUGAGGAUAGGGAGGCAGAGGUAGAUGAGGCCAUGCCUCUCAUUGUGUCCUCCCAAAAUCCUGCACCACCCGUCAAGUACGGCACCAACGCAAACGGCCACCCACGCCCGGUCGGGUACGCACAUACAUUCCCACAUUCGACGCAUCCCCCGCAUCCCCCGGCAAUGACCAUCGAGCUGAAUCGUCCAGGAGAUGAGAUUUUCAUGGGUGGGCACCAUCGGCACGAACAGUGCAGGUCUCAUGCGGAGUACCAUGCGUGUGCCAAGGGAGGAUGGAGAGGCUGGUUAGGGCUCGGUGGGGACGACGCAGGUUUAGAGUCAGGGUCCAGUGACUGUAGGGUGGCAAAUGGAAAUGGAAAGAGUAGAGAGAGCUGCACGUCGUCUGGUGCGAGUGCUAUGCGGGAGCAUGAGUGCGGGGACUGGGGCAUGCAUGAGCAUGAAGAUGGAGGAGCGGAGGCUGAGAGUGGGAAUGGGGACAAGGACGCAGCUCAAGGGCAGAUCAGACGGCAGAGGCAGGUGGUUGGCAUUUUGAUGCUCAAGAUGGGCAUCAUGCUGCACUUGCUCGUCAUCGGGCUCACGCUCGCGAUUACCUCAGGCCCCGAAUUCACGUCUCUGGUGACAGCGAUCAUGUUUCACCAGCUGUUUGAGGGCCUCUCGCUCGAAAUCUGGAUCGCGACGCUACCCGCAGGGGAUGAACGGGUGCUCAAGCCUGCGUUGGCACUGAUGUUCACGGUCACGACACCCGUGGGGAUCGCCAUCGGGCUGGCGGUGUUCGGGCCUGGCGAAAGCGAAGGAGUAAAAGUAGUACUGCUCACGGGCGUGAUGUCCACGCUUUCGGCGGGAAUGCUCAUAUAUGCGGCGUGCAUUGAGAUGCUCGUGGGUGAUUUUGUGCUCGACCCACAUCUGUGGCACUCUAGUGUCAGCCGGCAGGCUCUCACGCUGUGUGCACUGCUGGCGGGUGUGGCUGCGAUGGGGGUGGUUGGAAUCGUUGGAGAGUAG